CAGUCAGUGCUGAGACGUGAUCAAAGGCGCGCGCACACAGCCGCGCGACGCAUUCGCCAACACUGCGUACGCGCUUACAAACGAUAUUAGUUAAAAUGAUGCUCGCCGGAGCGCAAAUCGUUGAAGACAGUGUGUCGUACAGGCCAGAAAAUGCAUCGGUUUCGAUAGGGGCCAACCCCGAGCCGCAGCUGACGACGCAAGGGUUCUCCAAGAUGCCCACAAGGGAUCCCGUGGACAUACAGUUCACUAACAUCACAUGCACUGUACAUCUGGGAUUCAACAAAGGCUCGAAGCAAAUUCUGCAUGGUGUGAACGGACGACUCCGGCCUAAGCAACUGGUUGCGAUCAUGGGUCCCUCCGGUGCUGGUAAAUCGACACUUCUGGAUGUUCUAUCCGGAUAUCGUAUCACGGGCGUCGGCGGUGUUGUCCACGUGAACGGAAGAGGCAGGAACAUGAAAAGAUUCAAGAAGAUGUCGUGUUACAUACAGCAAGACGACCGCCUGCAGGGACUACUGACUGUCUCAGAGAACAUGGUAUUGGCUUCCGAUCUUAAGCUCUCCAUCAAAAUGGACAAAUACGAAAAAGGAGAAGUGAUCGAAGACAUAUUAACUGCACUGGGUCUGUACGAGCAUAUGAGCACGCGUGCGUCCCGCCUCUCGGGUGGACAGAAGAAGAGGCUCUCCAUCGCUCUGGAGCUGAUCAACAAUCCCCUCGUUAUGUUCCUCGACGAACCAACAACUGGUCUGGACAGCUCCUCGUGUAGUCAAGUAGUCAAGCUCUGCAGGGAUCUGGCGCAGCAGGGUCGUACCAUAGUCUGUACGGUACAUCAACCCUCAGCGUCACUGUUUGCCCUAUUCGAUCAAGUAUACGUUUUAGCUGCAGGAAAUUGCCUCUACCAGGGCACCACAAAGAACUUAGUACCAUACUUGGAGGGGGCCGGAGUACCGUGCCCUAUAUACCACAAUCCAGCUGAUUACAUUAUCGAAUUGGCUUGCGGAGAAUACGGUGAAGACAAGAUCCAAAUCCUAACGACAAAAGCUGAAAACGGACGAGCACUUUCCUGGUUCGACGAUCCUGACUCCAUGCCCACUAUGGAAGUCUUAAGAAAGCAGUGUCCUCUUAGCGUCUUAAAGGAGCAAGACCCUAGUACUGGCAACGAAGAAACUCCUAGAUCCAAUCAAAGAAAAGUACUUAUUAAAAGAGGAUUCUUAAAAGCAAAACGCGACUCCACAAUGACCCAUCUCCGGCUAAUAGUGAACGUGUUAGUGGGAGUUAUGUUGGGGAGUUUAUUUAUCAAGGCCGGUAACGAAGGCUCCAGAGUCUUGGAGAACUACAAUCUGCUGUUUGCGAUACUAAUGCACCACAUGAUGUCGCCAAUGAUGCUUACCAUACUCACUUUUCCGUCGGAAAUGUCCAUAUUAUCAAAGGAGCACUUCAAUAGAUGGUACUCGUUGGGUUCCUAUUACAUCUCUAUUACAAUUGUCGAUUUACCUAUUACGAUAGUAUCUUGUGCGGUGUUCAGUGCGAUAGUGUACACUAUGUCUGGUCAGCCGAUGGCGAUCUCUCGGUUCGGGAUGUUCUUCGCGAUCUCCCUAUACACGGUACUAGUGGCGCAGAGUUUCGGCCUCAUGAUCGGAGCCGUCUUCAACGUUGUUAACGGUACUUUCCUUGGCCCUACUUUGUCGGUACCGAUGAUGAUGUUCGCGGGUUUCGGAGUGACUCUACGCGACCUCCCGCCGUACUUGUACUGGGGGUCAUACGUCUCGUACUUGCGGUACGGAUUGGAAGGAUUCGUGGGCGCCAUAUACGGGUUGGAAAGACCGAAACUGGACUGCAAUGAAGCACCUAUAUGCCUUUAUAAAUACCCAAGACAGUUCCUCUCUGAAGUAGCUAUGUCUCCGGACAGAUUCUGGUGGGACGUUCUAGCGCUCACGAUCUUCGUCUUCGUGUUAAGGAUUGCAGCUUUCUUCCUCCUAAAAUGGAAGUUAAACGCUGUCCGAUAAAGACAUCUAAUUUGCUCAAGCCAUUUAUAUAUACUUAGAAUUAUAGUAGGUAGAUUAAUAAUGUGUUUUUUUUUUUGGCGAAAAUCGUAUUUUAAACGGGAAUUUAAGUUUACUACGGUUGGUGACAAAAACAAAAUUAAUGUUAAAUGUAAAAAAAAUUAAUGUUAAAUUCAUAAAGAAAAUUUUAAGUAAGUAGGUAUUAAAUUAAUUAUUGCAACGGUUUCUAGGUUUUCUUACUUGUACGAACUUGUACAAAGUAAAUUAUAUUUUAGUGAUUUCUGUUUUUCUAACCGUAUUUUGAGGGUAGGUAUUUUAAUUUUGUUGACCUGAUUUUUUAUCUGGUCUGUGGUUGAACUAGAUAAAAUUAAAUUAAAAUGAGUGCCAUUUUACUGAGUCAUUUUUAUUAUAUGUAUAAAAUAUUAAAUACAAGGUGUUAUUAUAUCAAAUAUAAGUUAUCAUUUAAUAGUAAUCGGAUUGAUGGUUGAUUAUAGCUAUAUGAAAGAAAUAUUAACAAGGAAACGAUAAGAAAACGCAGCGAAAAGAAUAUUUGAGUCGUCUAUUAUCAAAGGUGGCAAUCUGUGCAUUUGGACAAAAAAAAAUUAUUGAUAUGUCAAUACAGAUUGAUUUGAAUAUAAUCGUCUCCUUCAAAGAAUACGGUUCAAAACCUGCACUAAAUAAAGGUUAAUAGUUAACCUGUUAUUUAUCUAAGAUGUCGUUCCGAAGAGUUUUGUGACUGCCAAUGGAAUACAAAGUCAAUAAUUCGUUUUUCUGAUUUACCAAUCAUUGUCCAAAAGUCAGAUUGCCGGCUUUGAUAAUAGUCGACUCAUUCGGAUGUUUUAAUUUCUAAGAAAACUCCAAAUUUGAAAGACAGUUGGAGCUUCAUAUUCAAUUUUAUAAUCCCCGAACGUAAUGUAUGUAACCAAAGAAGACAAUUUUCAUUUCGUCUAAAAACCGAUUGGCCUUUAUUAUGUUUUUUUGUAUUAGAGUGUAAUUAGUUUUAACAUAUCUUCUACAAAUAUACCAUAUUUUCUAAAAAUAUAAUAAUGCUGGUUUUGUACUUGAAGCUUAAAUAGUGUAUCACCUAUGACUUCAAGAGCUUGACAUAAAUUAUAGACAUCGAUGCGAUGAGUUCUGAUGAAAUGUCAUAAUAAUAUUUUUUAUCUAUGACCGUUCCCGGCAUUUUUAGGUUCGUUAAGUUUUAAAUAAAAUUUUAAAAUGUUGAAAUUAUAAAAAAAGAAAUACAAACGCCCAUCUUGCCUUAUUAUUUAGGUUAAGUUAGUAUUUUGUUUAUCCCGUCUACAUUUUCAGAUCACUUUAAUAUAUAAUAAAUAAAUAAUAAAUAUUUAAUAACAAUCACGCCACGUUAACUGGUCCUGUGAUAAGUUCGUAAAGAACUUGUGUUACAGGUACCAGAUAACGGAAAUAAAUGUAAGAUUUUUAUUAUACACGUACAUAUAUUUUAAUAUUUAAUAUACAUCCAUAACCCUGGAAAAGAGAUUUAUAUUUAUCAUACAAAUAUCUUCCCUUGGCGGGAUUCGCGACCCCCUUGUGUAGUGACCAUGUCACUUACCACUACACCAGACGGCCGUUAUAUAUAACAAUUGAAGACAUAUUUAUUGAAUGUAAUAGUGUUGUACGCAUUGCAUCAGAAGCUAAACGUUUAUUUGUUAGCAGCGCCCUACUCCCGACAGAUUAGAUCCUUGACAGAUUAUGGGCUUACAGAUUUAAUAGUUGGCUUAGAUUCAUUUAGACUAAUUUAGAGGAACUACAUUACUUGCUGCUGUAGACCAAGCAUUUUCAAUAAUAUGGAAUGAAUGCCUAAGGUCAUAUUUAUAAUGUAAUGUUUAUCGAAAAGAUAAAUGGAUAUUAGUUAAAACUUAAUUUAUGCCUGUCGAUCGUCUAUGAUGGGGCAAAUUGGGGAAAUUUUAACUUUAUCGGACUGUUAACGACCGUUUUAACUCUUUUUUGAAACGAUCAUGACUAACGCUUCGUAGCGAUCUUCUUUUAAUUACUUCCCAUAAUUAAUUAUGAAAAAUAUUAAUAGAAUUAAAAUAAAAACACAUUCGAUUCUUGAUUGAAAUGAAUUUAUGAAAUUCUUUUUAAUUAUCUGUAGCUUAUUUGGUAGAAUUCCCAGUGUCGUAUGAGGAGCGGUUUCUUGAAACUCAAGUUAACAACCAAUUUCAAGUAAAGAACAUAUCGACGCUUGAAAGGCAAACAUGACUAAGCGACAAUAACUACUUUGUACACAAAUGAUAGGCAAUAACCAUAUUCGAUGCGCACAAAAAUUAUAUUUCUAGGUCUAUUAAAAUCAUUUCAAUCCUACAGCUAGAUUCGUUAAAAUAUAAUUUUUUUCAGGUUUUUCAACUUUAAAUUACUCUACUGUAAAGUUCACGCAUUGUCGCUUAGUCACGUCUGCCUUUCAAGCGUCGAUUCGUAUUGUUUAAGUAUGAAAUUUAUUUAAGUGUGAAUUAAGAAAUCAUCGAGUUAUGCUUAUAUGCCGGUGUUCAAAUCCCGCAGGCUGGAACCAGUGUGCUUAGGGCGAGUUUUUUAACGUUCUCGACAGCGUAAAAAUUAACUCAAAUACGUAUGGAGUUGGAAAGGCGAUGAAAGGAGUUGAAAGGCGAUUGCAUGCAGCAGAGAUGCGAAUGUUGCGAUGGAUGUGUGGAGUAACGAGAAUGGAUAGAAUACGGAAUGAGUAUGUUAGAGGAAGUCUAAAAGUGGCACCUGUGACAUAGAAACUGAGGAGUGCGCGUUUGGGAUGGUAUGGACAUGUGAUGAGACGAAAUGAAAAUGAGGUUGUUAAGAGAGUGUUAACUAUGAAUGUGGAAGGAUUUAGAGGAAGAGGUAGACCUAAGAAGAAAUGGAUGGAUUGUGUGAAAGACGAUAUGGGUAGGAGGGGAGUGAGCGAAGAAAUGGUAUAUGAUAGAAGAGUAUGGAAGGAGCAAACAUGUUGCGCCGACCCCAGGUGACUGUGGGAAGGGCAGGAUAAUGAUGAUGACGUAUGGAGUUGGAACAACGCCCCUAGCGGCAAACAUACGGUACUAAGCACACAGAGAGUGUUACCGAUGUUACCGCGUUGAUUUACCACUACAAAUGUGGAAUGAAAAUGAUAACUAUUUUCAUUAUCAUCCGUGGUAGGAGAGCUAGCUAACAAAGCUAUUAAUAUGUAAGAGUUGAUAAGUUGAGCUUUUCAUAUAAGUUUGACGACCGUGUACCUACAUACGUUGUAGGAAGGAAGUGUACACAAAUACUUGUGUUAACAGUUAGCUAGUUUUUAAGAUGGUUUAGUUGGUCACUUUAUUUAUUUUACGUUAAUAGCACAUAUAGUACUAGACCAGUAGGAUAUUUUUUUAAGUCAUUGUUAAAUUGCAAAGUGCUUGCAGGAGCCAUUAGAAUAUAAUAUAACAUAUUAACUGUUAAUGCGAUAAUCUUUCAAUUAUUUAAGAUUGUAAACAUUAUUUUUCUUCAUUUAUUUUUCCAUUCGCCUCCGUAAAAAUAAUUAGGAUUGGACGAAAUUUUGGGUAUUAGACUAAUUUUGAUUGUAUUUUUAAAGAUUAUAUACAUACUAUCAUCUUAAAUUAAUUAUCAUGAAUUAACUAUCAUAUUAAAAAUAAAGACGUUAAACUUAAAAAAAAUAGGUAGCAUAGAUUUAUAUAAUUAGUAAUGGUGAUAUUUAAAAAAAAAACUUGUAUAUAUGUAUACGGAAAAUUUAAAAACGACAAAAUAAAAAUUUAUAUUUUUUUACAAAAAAAAA